AUGCGGGUGUCAGGACGCAGCUCGCAGCCCCGUGCCAGAGGAGCAUGGUUCCAUGGGGGUGACCCUGGUGGUGGGCACUGCCUGUGGCUGGGGGGCCAUGAGGAGGAGGAGGAGGAGGGAACGACAGGAGUCUCCUGCAUGCGCACCACCUGCGUCCUUGUGUCUUUCCCCUUCAUCUUCAACCCCUGCCUGGGUUGCAAGGAGAACACACCACAGUGGGCAGCCUUCAUCUACUACCUCCCCUUCAUCAUCAUCUUCCAGUUCGGCUGGGCGGCCACACAGAUCUCCCACCUGUCCCUCAUCCCCGAGCUGGUGACCAGUGACCAUGAGAAGGUUGAGCUGACAGCGUUCAGGUAUGCCUUUACCGUCAUGGCCAACAUCACUGUGUACGUCCUGUCCUGGCCCCGGCUGAACUUCCAGGUAGACCAGCCUGACCGCACAGAGCAUCUGGGCAUCCAGGAUGUCCCUAUCUUUCGGAACCUGUCCCUCAUUGUGGUGGGUCUGGGGGCCGUGUUCUCCCUCAUCUUCCACCUGGGCACCAAAGAGGAGCCGUACCCACCGGGCUCGCUGCCCCAGCUGGAAGAGAGCACACCCCUGAUGCAGAAGGAGACUACGAGUCCCCCGCGCACACUGCUGAUCUGGAAAGACUGGCUGCGGGAACCUGCCUUCUACCAGGUGGCGGUGCUCUACAUGUCCACCAGGCUCAUCGUCAACCUGUCCCAGACCUACAUCGCCAUGUACCUGACCAACUCGUUGCUGCUGCCCAAGAAAUACAUCGCCACCAUCCCCUUGGUGAUGUACAUCAGUGGCUUCCUCUCCUCCUUCCUCAUGAAGCCUGUGAAUAAGUGGAUAGGUCGAAAUCUGACCUACUUCGUGGGCAUCCUGGUGAUCUUAGCUUUUGCCUCCUGGGUGACCCUGGCCAGGCAGAUGGGAGCGGAGAUCUACGGGGCAGCCGUGCUGCUUGGGGCUGGUUCCGCCACUAUCCUGGUCACCUCCCUCUCCAUGACGGCAGACCUCAUCGGUACCAACACGCACAGCGGUGCCUUUGUCUAUGGCGCCAUGAGCUUCACGGACAAGAUGGCCAACGGCCUUGCUGUGAUGGUGAUCCAGAACCUGCACCCAUGCCCGACUGAGCUCUGCUGCCCUGCCUGCAUCAGCUUCUACCACUGGGUGAUGGUGUUGGUCACGGGAGGCAUUGCUAUCGCCGCCAUCGCCUCUCUGUGCUGCAUCAUGGUCUGGCCCAUCCGUAUCCGCUACCCCGGGGUCCUGCACCAGGGAACGAAGAGGGCGUCCAGGGUGGGCAGCUGCGGGGUGAGGAUGCUUUGUGCCCCUUUGCACCCCUCGGGCUGCCCCGUGGGGGUCCUGCUGCAGGGGGACACCCGGGCUGGUGCCAGCGGCACACGGCACACCGAGGGACUGCCCAUCCAGGAGCCCAUGGACACGGUGGGCAUGGUGGCACAGCGGCUUUCCGCAGCCCACCAGGGGCCGGGGUCUGCGGGCGACUCGUCCUCCAUGCCGGGGAAGCUGAGGAGGAGGGGAAGGGGGGUGCUGGAGGAGAAGCGGUGGCAGAGCCUGGAGGAGAGGGGCACCCAGAUAGGGCACCCCGUGCUCGCCAGAUCCAAAACCUGUGACCCCUCCUUCUGCAAGGAGACAGAGCAGGCUGCGGUGGCCGCACAGGGACAACCGUCCCCAUCGCUGAGCAAGCGUGCCACCGGCUACCGCAAAGCCUUUGGGGAGCUCGCCGAGCAGGAAGAGCUGCUGGCCUGCUUCUCCUGCGCCUGGCAGAGAGAGGUGCCCUACCACGGCCGACUCUACAUCUCCUCCCGCCACGUCUGCUUCCACUCCAGCCUCCUGCUCAAGGACAUCAAGGCAGUGGUCCCCGUCACCUCCAUCUCGGUCCUCAAGAAGACCAACACAGCACUUCUGGUGCCCAACGCGCUCAGCAUCCGCACGGCCGAUGGUGAGAAGUUCCUCUUUGUGUCACUGCGCCAGCGGGAGGCCACGUACCAGCUCCUGAAGUCGGUCUGCAAACACCUGCAGGACAAUGGCUGGAGCCCACCGGACUCUCCGAACACCAAGGAAAUCCUUCGGAAGCCUCGGACGUCGAGCCAGUCGGACCUGGAGCAGAGCACCCCGGAGCCCGACAGCCUCCAGGAAGUGCCGGGACACCUCCCACUCCCCUCCCUGGUCCUGGGGCACUCAUCGAAUGUCUCCUGGUUGCACACAGAUGGGCCGAGCCUGAUGCCAAGGCAAGCGGAGGAGGAGGAUGAAGAGGUGGCAGCGGCCGUGCCAGCUCUGAGCAGCGAUGGCCCGACCGUGAGGCCAAGGCAAGCGGAGGAGGAGGAUGAAGAGGUGGCAGCGGCCGUGCCAGCUCUGAGCAGCGGGGGACCCCACACCACACUAUGGGCCCGGACCACGGCACAGCUGAGCCCCCUCAACACCAUCAUCCUCAUCUACCUGCUGCUGAUGGUGGCCCUGCUGCUGUCCUCGGGGUACAUAGGUCUGCGCAUCGUGGAGCUGGAGCAGCAGCUGGCGUCCGUGGGGGCUUGGCCAGCCCUCAACCUGUCACACCAGUACAAGAAGACGUGA